AUGCCUUCUUCGCAAUUUAUUAAAUCUUCCGUCGCUACGAUUUCCAAUGGAGCUGAUAACUCAACAGAUUCAAAAUAUUCCCGGGUCCUUAACAUGACCCACUUGAUCCCUUACGAAGUUUAUAUGUCAGAACCUCCAAAACCAGCCGAGGAUGGUACUAUCACAUAUAAUUGGGCUUUAAGACAUCGAAGGGGUCACUCGGCCCUUUACGCUGGAAUUCGUUCUUUAAAUAAUGAGUGGGAUAGCUAUUACGUUGGUUUCGUAGGCCAAAUUUUUGAUGCUGAAGACAAACCAAUCGAGAGUUGUACCUUUACCGAGGAGUUUAAGAAAUCGAUAGAGUGCUUUUUAUUGGAAAAAAAAGUUGUGCCGGUGUUUCUUGAGGAUGAACAACAUCACGGCCAUUAUGAGGGUUUUUGUAAAACUGUAUUAUGGCCGUUAUUUCAUUACAUUUUGUGGGAUACCGUGACGGAUGGUCGUCAGGAAAAUCAAAAUUGGCAACUAUAUCGUGCCGUGAAUCAAGCAUUUACCGACAAAAUUAAAGAGAUUUAUCGCCCUGAUGAUUUAGUUUGGAUUCAUGAUUAUCAUCUUUUGAUGGUACCUCGUAUGUUACGUGAUGUGCUUCCUGAUGCUGUUAUUGGCCUCUUCAUUCAUGCUCCUUUUCCAAGUUCUGAAAUCUUUAGGUGUUUACCUCAAAGGAAGGAGGUAUUAGAUGGUAUGCUAGGUGCUAACCAGAUUGGUUUUCAGACAUAUUCUUAUGCGAGACAUUUUAUAAGCAAUUGUACGCGUAUCCUUGGCUAUGAAUCUACUCCAAGUGGUGUCGAUGCCAAAGGUUCAAUAGUAUCUGUUGGUCCUUUUCCAAUCGGUAUCGAUGCUGAAAGAGUUGAAGAACAAAGAAAAAGUCCUGAAGUUGCUAAAAAAAUGGAUUCCCUCAAGGAAAUGCACGCCGGAAAAAGAAUUAUUGUUGGUAGAGAUAAACUUGAUUUAGUUAAAGGUGUAAUUCAAAAACUACAUGCUUUUGAAAAAUUCUUAUCAGAGUAUCCAGAAUGGCAAAAUAAGGUCGUUCUAAUUCAAGUUACUUCACCUGCUCUUACUGAAUCUCCGAAACUUGAGCGCCGAGUUGCCGAGCUUAUUGCUCAUAUAAAUGGCACUUAUGGUUCGCUCGAAUAUACUCCUGUUCAUCAUCUUCAUAGUCAAAUUGAACAAGAUGAAUAUUUCGCCCUUUUAAGCAUUGCUGACAUAGGCUUGAUUACAUCUGUUCGUGAUGGUAUGAAUACUACUUCUUUAGAGUAUGUCAUGUGUCAACAAGAAAAUUAUGGCCCACUCAUUUUGAGUGAAUUUACUGGAAUGGCCGGUUCUUUGGGUGCUGCUAUUAUGGUAAACCCUUGGGACUAUAGUGGUGUAGCUAAAGCCAUAAAUGAUGCUCUUAAUUUGAGCUAUGAAGAAAGACAAAACAAACAUAUGCAAUUAUACAGACACGUGACUGUGCAUACUGCUCAAUACUGGGCAAAGACUUUUAUUAAAGAACUUGUUAUUAGUUUAAGUAAUAGUAAUCAAACAAAUACUACCCCUUAUCUUGACAUGCAAAAUUUAUUGACAAAAUAUAAAAAGUCUAAAAACCGUUUAUUGUUAUUCGAUUAUGAUGGUACGCUCACACCAAUUGUAAAAACGCCGAGUCAAGCAAUACCUCCUCCAGAGAUGCUCGAGAAUUUACAAAAACUCGCAAAUGAUCCAAAGAAUACUGUAUGGAUAGUAUCUGGACGUGAUCAGGAUAUAUUGGAGGAGUGGCUUGGGGGUAUUAAGAAACUUGGUUUCAGUGCUGAGCACGGUUGUUUCCUUAAAUAUCCUGAAAGCGAUAAAUGGAUCAAUCUUACUGAAGAUAUUGAUAUGAGUUGGAAGACUGAUGUUGAUGAGAUUUUUACUUAUUUCACAGAACGUACACAGGGUUCAUCUAUUGAACGUAAACGUUCUUCAAUUACAUGGCACUAUCGUCAGGCAGAUCCAGAAUAUGG